AUGGGCGGCGGCCAAACUAUCGCGGACCAGAUACUCAAGACGUUCGCCCUACCGGACGUCGUCGGCUCCAAGACUAGCUCCAAGAAGCUGAUCAAUUUGCUGAGAGGGCACAAGAAGCCCAUUGCGUACCCGGCCAUGUGCUAUGGACCCGAUUCGGGUGACCCGCGGCUGAAGAACAACAUCGCGCAAUGGCUCACGACGUUCUAUAAGCCCGCGGACCCGGUAUCCGAAGACCGCAUAUGCAUCUCUGGUGGGGCAUCCCAGAAUCUAGCUUGCCUGCUUCAGGACUUUACAGAUCCGGUGUAUACGCGGAAUGUGUGGAUCGUUGCUCCGGCGUAUAUGCUUGCUUUCCGUAUAUUCGAGGAUGCUGGGUUCCACAAAAAGCUGAGGGCCGUGCCUGAGGACGAGGAGGGGAUUGAUAUCGCGUAUCUGAGGAGUCAGAUUAAGUUGAGUGAAGAGAAGGCGAGAUCUGAGAGUAAUAAUGAGCCGCAAUUCAAACCUCCAAGGCCUUCAAAUAAGAUCUACAAACAUGUCAUCUACGCGGUUCCAGGCUUCUCAAAUCCUAGCUCCAAGACUAUGAGUCUAAAGCGUAGAGAGGAGUUGGUACGUUUGGCGCGAGAGUACGAUGCCCUUAUCAUUACAGACGACGUAUAUGACUUCCUGCAAUGGCCGUCAAGUCUCAGUCCUAGUACGCUGUCCAUUGAGAAAGCCGGUUUGCCCCGGAUUGUCGACAUCGACAGAUACCUGGACGGCGGCGCCGAAAGACAAGGCGCAGAUGGCUUCGGCAAUGCAGUCUCGAAUGGAUCGUUUUCCAAGAUCUUCGGCCCUGGCUUGCGGACGGGAUGGUGUGAAGGAACGCCCAAGAUGGCGUAUGGUGUUUCGCAAACAGGAUCCAGCCGUUCGGGCGGAGCACCCAGCCAGCUGACAGCCUGCUUUGUGGCCGAGACACUGGAAACAGGAGAGCUCCAACGCUACGUGUACGACAGACUCCAGCCAACCUACGGUAACCGGUACCGCCGAAUGGUGGAAGCCAUCAACAAACACCUCAUCCCACUGGGAGUCGGCAUCCCCCAAACCGAUCGCGAGGUCGUCGGCGGCUACUUCAUCUGGCUGACGUUGCCAUCGCCGCUAAAAGGCGCAGUGGUAGCACAGCGCGCAAAGGAAGAAGAGAACCUAGCCGUCGCACAGGUACCCGGCGACACCGGCCAUGAAGGCACGUCAUUCAGCAACGACAUCAGGGUUUGUUUUGCGUGGGAAGAGGAAGACAUGCUUGCCGAGGGCAUUGAAAGACUCGCCACAGUCAUUAACCGCAUGUUAAAGGAAGAGGCCAAUGGAGGACAGGCAACUCAGAGGGAGGCUGCUCAAGAAGAAGACGCGAAGGGUCUGUGGUGA